AUGAUAACAACAAACCUCUUUAGCUUUUCUCUCAUCACAUUCUCCCUCACCCUCCUUUUCCUCACUACACUACACAAUGACAAGCUUCAUGACCCUGAAGAAAACCGAUCAGCUCAUCACGAGUCUUUACAAAAACAUCUCUCUAGGAGAUCAUCGGCUAAAACCCCCGGGUGGUACCAAGUCAUUGCGAGAAGGACAAACGGCAGAAAAAAACUGAAGGUGGGCCGAAUUCGUCUCACAAACACAUCAUCAGCAUUUGAAAACCGCGAGUACUUGUAUGGGGACACGAUUGAGAUGAUAGAUAUACAAGUCCAGCGAGUCUCUAGGGACGUCAGGUGGGCCGACUUAUUCCCGGAGUGGAUUGAUGAGAGCCUGCCUUGGGACUCACCCGAUCAGUGCCCUCACAUUCCAAUGCCGGAGUUCGAAGAUUACAAUAUUGAUCUGGAUGUGGUGAUGGCCGAAGCCCCGUGUGGGGAAACAGUAAAAACGCGUAUUGGGAGAGAUUUUGGCCACGUUCUUAGGUUGCAAAUAAAUUUGGUGGUCGCUAACAUGUUGGUUAAAAGCGGGAGGCGGAUGUGGGCCGUGUUCGUGGGGUCGUGUGGCCCGAUGUCGGAGAUUUUUAGGUGUGAUGACCUAAUAUGGCAUGAAGGGGAUUAUUGGAUUUACAAGCCUGAUUUAGGGAGGUUGAAGCAGAAGCUUCGCAUGCCUGUGGGUUCAUGCCAACUUGCUCCUGCAUUUCCGGAGCAAAAAGUGAAUAACCGAGCAAGAAGAGAAGCUUAUGUCACGGUACUCCACUCGUCCGAGGACUACGUGUGCGGCGCCCUCGCCCUCGCCCAAAGCAUCCUCAACUCCAACUCCACACGAGACCUCGUCCUCCUAGCCGACCACUCCAUAACCCCCAAAUCCCGGCUCGGCCUCCGUGCCGCCGGCUGGAAAAUCCGGCACAUCAAGAGAAUCCGCAACCCCCACACCCAAACCGAGACCUACAACGAGUGGAACUACAGCAAGCUCCGAAUAUGGCAGCUCACAGACUACGACAAGCUCAUAUUCAUUGACUCCGACUUUUUAAUCUUAAAAAACACGGACAAGUUCUUCGCCCACCCCCAGCUGUCGGCUGCGGGCAACAGCCGCCACCUCUUCAACUCGGGCUUCAUGCUGGUGGAGCCCUCGGUCUGCACUUUCCGGGCCUUCAUGAGGCAGCGUGCUGAGGUGGCGUCGUACAACGGCGGGGACCAGGGGUUUCUGAACGAGGUGGUGACGUGGUGGCACAGGUGGCCGGCCAAGGUGAAUUUUCUCAAGGAUUUCGGGCCGGACGAGGGGACGCACGAGGAGAUACCGGAUGACGUGUACGCGCUGCAUUACUUGGGAUUUAAGCCGUGGAUGUGUAGAGGGAAGGAGCGUGACUGCAACUGGGACGUGCCGGAGAAUAGGCGCUUUGCGAGCGAUAAGGCGCAUAGGAUGUGGUGGCGGGUUUUCGAGGGGAUGGCCGACGAGCUUAGGGAUCUUUGCGUGAUUACGCCGGAGAUGGAGGGGAGGAUGGAGUUGCACAUAGCCAAGGGCUGA